AUGAGCGUGGAGGAAGACACCCUUCGCAGGUUGCGGAACAUAGAUAGUUGGCUCACCGCAUUGCAACCUGAUGGGCAUAAGUACACUGAAAAGGGGAUCAGCACGCUGCAAGAGUACAGGCCCACGUAUUCCAACAUCGGCUUCCCCCGCGCAGCAAUCGACAACGAGCAUUUUGAUGUUGUUGACUAUCUGAGCAAGAAGGACGUUCUUGUGCGCGAGCUGGUAUUCCCUCUUGCCGCGCUCCUUGAGUCUCUGAAUGGUUUGAAAUGGGCAAAGGUGCAGGGAAUGUACCAGUGGGGAGAAGACAGCUGUCAGCACGCGGUGCUCGGGGGAAGUCUAGAGGUGUUGCAAUGGCUACGGGAGCAGACGCCUCCAUGCCCCUGGGAUGCCACUCUGUGCAUCGCUUUGGCUGCGCAAAUGAAAAGCUUUGCCAUAGCCGAAUGGGUGCUGGGGCAAGACCCCUCCGCAGGGAAAACGCUGUGCAACGUAGCUGCAAAAGCGGGGUUUUUGGACGCGCUCGCCUGGGCGAGGAAGCACGGGCUCCCGUGGGACGAGGGCGUCUGUACGGGCGCGGCAAUGCGGGGGCAGUUUGCGGCCCUGAGAUGGCUCAGGAAGCGGUCGCCGCCUUGCCCCUGGCACCCGAGUCUGUGCGCGUUUUUCGCUGCAGAGGAAAAGCAGUUUGAGAUGGCGCAGUGGGUCUUGAAAAAGGCCCGGUCAGCAGCUCCCAGCGUGUGCGCGUACGCAGCCUGCCUGGGGUCGAUGCACGUGCUCGAGUGGGCGAGGAAGAGGAAACUAGAGUGGGGCAACGACGCGUGCGUCACGGCAGCAAUGUACGGCCAGCUUGACACUCUGAAAUGGCUGCGAGCACACGGGUGCCCUUGGGAGGCCGGGCGGUGCGCCUUCGAGGCAAUCAACCACGGCAGACUUGAGGAGGCAGAGUGGAUUGUUGAGCAGGAGGAGGACGCGCUGGCGGACAUGUGUAUCUUGGCGGCCAUGAUGGGAAAGCUGCCGCCACUAGUUUGGGCCAGCAAACGGGUACCCCCCUCUUCGUGGGAGAAGGACGUCUGCUUGUACGCGGCGAGGGCGGGAAGCCUGAAGAUUCUCACCUGGGCGAGAAGCCAAGUGCCUCCGAGCCCCUGGAAUCCUCUUCGGUGCAUUUAUGGGGCGUGCGCACGGGGCCAUAACGAGGUUGCGGACUGGGUGCUCAAGCAAGAGCCGAUGGUGCGCCCCUUCGUUUGCGACAUCGCGGCAGCUCGAGGGGAAGUGCAGGCGCUUCGGUGGGCGCGGUCGCUCGAUCCCCCUUGCCCCUGGGACUUAGAGAGGUGUCUCCGAUCUGCGGCUCUGGAAGGGGUCUCUGACCAGGAGCUGCUAAGCAUCCUAGAGGCAGAGCCGGUGGUUCAAUUGAGCCGCGAGUACUGCGCCGAGGUUGCGAAGGAGGAUCGGAUACACAUGCUUAGGUUCCUUUUGGACAGGGGUUGCUAUAGGUAUGUCCUCCGGCCUGGUUUGAAUGCGGGUCCGCUUUGCGCCCGGCUGGCGCGGAAGAUGCUAGUGCCACUGGAUAAGGAGUCUACAAAGCGCGCAAGCGACAUGUUCAAGCGGCAGGUCGCUCUGAGUGCGGGUCUACAAACCUAUGGGAUCUUCGGCGAUGUGGCGGAAAAGAUAGGCCUCUUGGCUGAACUUUCUUGGUUAUGAGAAAAGUGCUGUAAGAUAUUGCCCGCAAUACUUCGGACGAACGAAACAGCCUACUGAUGUAAGAUAGAAAAGGCAUCAUUGCAGACCAGCCGCUGGUGCAACAUUGACGUCAAGAAUAAGACCCCUUGGACCUUGAUGACCAGAGCUAUUGUUGGACUAUUUGACAACCGUGGUCGAUGCGUC